AUUCAGGACUUGAGGUCUAAGAAUCUGAAGCUGAAGCAGAGUCUGGGGGAAGCCAUGGAUAAGUUUGAGAUGAUCUUCGGAGAGAAGGUGGAUCUGGAAAACUUUGCUGAGGCUCUACAAGGUUUACAUUUCCUGGAGAAGUACAAGUUUGAGAGCACGAUUGGUCAACAGAUGAAGUUAAUAGAUUAUCUGCAGGCUCUGUAUGAGGAGAACAACAGCAAGAAAAAGAAGUCUGCAAAGAAAGGGAGAAAAUCCUUUAACUUUGGAAAGGUGCAUUUCCCGGCCCUGGAGGAUCUGCAGAAUUCUCUAGAACUGGAACGUAAGAGGAACGUCAAACUGACAGAGCAAAUGGACAAACUAAGACAGGAAAACUACAGCCAAGCUCAAGAAUUGUUGAAUUUAAAAGGCCCUCUGAGAGAGAAAGUUGAUGGGACCCUUACCCCUCAUGAUAAGGCAGCCGUGGCAUGUAGAACUCCUCUGAAGAGUGUCCCUAGUGCCAUCCUGACCCCCCGGGCCCAGCGGUACAACAUAGAGACUCAGGAGAUCCCGCCCCUUAGGAUGCACCACAAUAUCCCACACCGCUUUGUAACGGGACUCAACACCCGAGCCACAAAGUGUGGGGUCUGUCUGGGGAGUGUUCCAUUUGUCAAGAAGGCCUCGAAAUGUCAGGCCUGCCUGAUGACGUGUCACACUAAAUGUACCUCAUCUGCACCAUCAACCUGUGGACUUCCUACAGAUUACAUCCACUACUUUACCUCCAUUAUGAAUAAUGUUGAACGAAACAGCAAAAACUUCACCCUGAAAGAUACCAACCAAAUCAAAAUAAAAGGAUGGCUAAAAGUACCAAGGACUGGGAAGCCAGGGUGGGAGAAGCGGUGGUGUAGCCUGGAGAAUAACAUCCUACUGAUGUAUCGGGAGGAGUCCGAUGCUAACCCUAUAGACACGUUCGAUCUUAAUCCUGCCGAGACUGACGUGACGGUCCACAGCGCCAUCAGCUCCGCGGAGCUCCCAAACACCGCCAGUACAGACCUACCGUACGUCCUGAAGGUAGAACAUGAACCACUCACCACGUGCUGGCCACGAAGGGAGUUGUAUCUUAUGGCAGUCACGUUCCCAGAUAAACAGAAGUGGGUUGCCUCCCUUGAGGCAGCUGUCAGAAGCCUGCAGCGUGUGGAUGCUACAUUCAAACGAACAAAAUUACAAGAGUUCCGUGUACUGGAGUUGAAAGGAGAUCGGAGGCUGGAAUUAAACUGCACUCUUGUUGUUUCCAAUCAUAUGUUGCUGCUAGGAGCAGAUGAAGGUCUGUUUGCUGUAAACAUCCACAAAGGGCAGCAUACCCUGGUGACCAAACUGUGUGGUCUGAAGAACAUCCAUCAUAUGGUGUACGCCUCAGGACUGGGCUGGGUCAUCUGUAUCACAGGUCAGGACCGCCAUGUUGUGUAUAUUCACCGUGAGGCGAUCAAGGCACGGCUGAAUCAGGCGACUGGCGACGAGACGGAACACGUUCCUAACGACAAGAUCCCCUCCCUGGUGGGCUGUACGGUGCUGGAGGUCAAACGCGUGUACGAGAGCCUCUAUCUGGUGGCAGGAUUUGACGACAGAAUCACCGUGAUGAAAUACAACACAGAGCUCAAAGAGUUCUGUAUCAGAAAGGAGUUGAAGACACAGGAACCCUGCAGCUGUAUUUGUCUGGCUGAUGACUUUGCCAUUGUAGGAACAGAGAAGUUCUACAAGUUUACUCUGGAUCACCCCUCUCUCACUGAGUUUGUUGACAAGAGAGAUAACUCUCUGGCCUUUGCUGCCUUUGGAGCAGCCAUUCAUAACAGUUUCCCUCUAGCUGUAGUGGACGUCACACCAGAGGGACUCCCCACCGAAUUCCUACUCUGUUUCCAUGAAUAUGGUUUCUUUGUGGACUGCAAUGGAAAGAGAAGCAGGCCAAAAGACAUGAAGUGGAGUUGUCUCCCUCUAGCAUUUGCAUACAGUGAGCCAUUCCUUUAUGUGGUGUAUUUCAACAGCAUUCAAGCCAUAACUAUUCCUGCCAACAAAAUGCAAACAAGGGGUAAGCAGACCUGCCUGGAUAUCUACUGCCCGCGCUUGCUGGGGAAUUCCAUCAAGACGGGAGGAGUGUACGUGUCUACAAACACUGGUAAUAGUACACAGAUGAUCUGUCUGCAGGGGAACGAUGGCAUCAGUGACAAGGAAAACAGAGCCAGCAAAUCUGAGAGACAGAGGUUUGCCAGCCCCAAGAGAGGGAUCCUGAAGAACACUCAACGUCAGGACUCCAUGACUUCCAUCAGCAGUACCUCCAGCGCUGGAUCUAAUUACUCCACAUCUAGUGCCUACAAUAUUGUCAAAAUGUCAGGGAAAAGUUUAUUUCUUUUUUGUACUUUUGUAAACUUUUUAUUUUGUUUUGAAAGUGUCAAUACUCAGAAAAUUGCCAGUGUUACAUGGGACAAAAGUUCCAACAAGUUUUCUCUGCACAAAGAAGUCGUUUCUGGUUAUGUUGCAUUAGGAGCUUUUCGCGAUGAAAUCAACACAACUGGGUGGUCCUAUCUCAAUGUCUCUACCGUUCAGACAUUCCCUAAUGAGAUCCAGGCUUUCGCUGCAGGCAUUGUGGAGGGUUAUCUGACCAGUUCCUUGAUUGAUAUGACAUGGUAUAACACAGUCAAAGGCUACUGUGAGAAACCUUACAGCAAGUACUGCGAAAAGCUCAGGAACUAUCUACAACAGAACAUGGAGUGGGUCAAAGGUCAGACAGGCAGGAAGCAGGAUUACUGGAAUAUGGUAAAGGCUUUCAUGGUUCAGGUUGAAGGUCUGGAAGCUGGAUACAAAUAUCAACAGUCCGGAGUAAUCCCUGAAAUUACAGGAAAUAUAGAUCCCUUUGGAUUGUACUUUCUGCAAGUGGGAGGUGAUUUAGAAGACUUGGAGGCAGCCCUGGGAAAAGAAGACACAAAAAGAGUGAGGGGGUCUGGGUCGUGUUCUGCUCUCAUUAAGAUGUUACCUGGAAACAAGGACUUGUACGUCAGCCAUGACACGUGGAACUCAUACCAGAGUAUGAUCAGAGUUCUGAAGAAAUACAGCUUUCCUUAUCAGAAAAGUACAGGAGGUACUAUCCCAGGCCACACAAUAACUUUUUCAUCAUACCCCGGGACUCUAAUGUCAGGAGAUGACUAUUACUUGAUAAGCUCAGGGCUGGUAUCAUUGGAGACAACUAUAGGUAACAGUAACCCCGCAUUGUGGCAGUACAUCUCUCCUACAAACUCAGUACUAGAGGGUAUCAGGACCAUGGUCAGUAAUUAUUUAGCCAGCAGUGGAAACUCAUGGGGAGCUGUCUUCACACAGUACAACAGUGGCACCUACAAUAACCAGUGGAUGAUCGUGGAUUACAAGCAGUUUGUGCCUGGUUCAGCUAAUAUGAAAAACCUUCUUUAUGUUGUGGAACAGAUUCCAGGAAUGAUGGCUGCUGAGGAUAAAACAGAUUUAGUACUGAAACAGUCAUACUGGCCAAGUUAUAACAUUCCGUAUUUUCCAUCCAUUUUCAAUAUGAGUGGUGGGAAUGAGCUAGUUAAGAAGUAUGGAGAGUGGUUUUCCUACAAUGGAAGUCCUCGAGCCAAAAUCUUUAAGAGGGAUAACUCCAAAGUCACUGAUCUUAAGUCCAUGAUUAGUUUAAUGAGGUACAAUGAUUAUACCCACGACCCACUGUCUCGCUGUAACUGUACUCCCCCCUACAGUGCGGAGAAUGCCAUCUCUGCCCGCUGUGACCUCAAUCCUGCUGAUGGAAAGUAUCCCUUUGGAGCUCUGGGUCACCGGUCCCAUGGAGGCACAGAUAUGAAGCUGACAAACAGUGCCAUGUUUAAGGACCUACAGUUUGUGGCUAUAAGUGGACCCACAUAUGACCAGCUUCCACCGUUCCAGUGGAGCCUGGUAGACUUCCGAGACACCACCCCACAUAUAGGACAGCCAGACGUGUUCAAAUUUGACCCCAUCAUGUUUGAUGGAACAACAGAUUUCAAACCAUUCCAGAGAUGAAAUGAAUUUAUAUAAUGUGCAGGGUGGGAAUGAACUAUUUUGAACAGCUGUUGCCAUAUUAUUUUCCACUUACUAUACUUUAAUUGUCAGUGACAGCAUGGUGGAAAUAUUCUUUACAUUACCAUUAAAAUGAAAACAAAUACUUUUUCAAGCAACUUGAGCCAAAUUGUAUAUAAACUUGCAAAUAAUACUUACUUUUUCUAAAGCUGGUACAUUUCUUAAUUUGAUUGUUGAUCUCAAUUAUGAUGAUUUCUUAUGUGAUAUUUGUAUAUUUUUAUAAAAGUUAAAACUUGAA